AUGGAAAACAUUGGAUUCCAAGAUGUCGAAAAUCUACUCCCAUCUCAACUAUUUUAAUUAGCAGAGGAAAAUUAUACCAAACUUAAUUUUCCUGAUGCCUAAUAUUUUUACACUUUAUGUAUCCAAAAAGACCCUUUAAACGAAGAAGCAGCAUCCUAAUACGCUGACUUAUUAAAAUAAACUAACCAAAUUGAAAAGGCAAUAUAAUUUUUGACUCAAUAAAUUCAAUAUCACCGAAACGAAGGUGACUAUAGAAAAUAUUUACAACUCGCCGAUUUAUUAGACGGACAUGAAAGUAUCGAAUUGCUCGAAACUGGUAUAAAAUUAAUCCUCUAACACCCUAAUUAUAACCAAUAAAGUGACAUAAAACGCGAUUUAAGCGAAGCUUAUAGUGGUUUAGCAGAAAUAUACCAAACAGAUUUCCUCCAUCUUCCCGAAAGUGAGGAAAAAGUAAUAUUUUGUAUAAAAAAAGCAAAAGAAGCUGACCCAACGGCCCUAGAUAGUUAUUUAUAAGAAGCUAAUUAUUUUCUUAAUAAAGAAAAUGAAAAAGAUGCUAAAAUAGCAUUAAAUACUGUACUUAAAGGUUUAGAAAAAUUAAACGAAGAAAAUGAUCAUCAUGAUGAUUCUUUUAAAAUUAAUGUCUGUAAACUUUGCAUAGAGGUAAAUGAUUUUGAAAGCGCGUUACCUAUAUUGGAAAAUAUGGUUUUGAGUAAUGAUGCGAAUUUCGAAGCUUUCUAUCUAUUAGCUUUUUGUCAUUUUAAAUGUAAUAAUUUCUGCACUUCACUUGAGUAUAUGGAAACUUUACUUACUAAAAAGGAAUAGUUUGAGGACGAUGGGGAAUUAUAUACUGCUGCCAUUGAACUUAAGGCAGAACUGGAUAAAACGGAUUUUUAAAAAGGGAAUGAUUGGAAAGAUGAAGAUGAAAAUGAAUAAGGAAAUAAUGAUGAAGAUUGGAUGGAUAUGGAAUGA